AAGGCCCUAGAGUUGAUGCUCUCGGUACCGAGUCGAGCGGCGAACAACAAGUUUCUCGAGAAUAUCGAAGGAUUCAGAGGCAACCUGCAAAAGCUUGGGCGCGUGCUUGCCCACGAGUACUUUGGCGUGCGGGACAAGGAAAAUAAGAUCAAGGAGCGUUACCUGUUCCUGUUCAAAUCGCGCAUACUGAUCACCAAGUCGAAGCGCCUCUCGGACGACCGGUCGAUCUUCAUCCUGAAGGACAUCGUGCGCCUGCCGGACUGUCAGCUGCGCGAGAUCGAUUCGCGUGCGUUCGAGCUUCAGCCGAAGGCAAAGGGCGACCCGGUGCACCUGAUCGCGUACUCGGAGGAGGCGAAGCAGCGCUGGAUCUACGAGAUCGACGAGUACGCUAGCAACGCCGUCGCGCUGCAGGAGCACACCAACGACGAUCUGCGCAUCGAUCCGACGCAGACGAACAUCGACGAGAGCAUCAUCAAGCUGCCGCAGCGCAUCGAGGCGCACAAGACCGACGAGAACAUCAAGCCGUCCGAUAUCGCCGACAGCUACGUGGUGUUCAAGCACAAGACCAGCCGGGACGAAUCGCACCAGGCGCUGCAGAAGAUACAGUACCUGCAGCAGCAGCACCAGCAACAUCUGCCCCAGCAAAUCGCCACCGGGGAGCCGGCGGUCCAGACGGAGGAGGAAGAAGAGAAGCCAGCCUCGGUGCAGGAGCGUUUGGCCGCGUUCGAGGUGAAGAAGUCGGCCAAAAAGCUUGACCUCACGCACACCAAACAGGAGCAGUCUUCUCAGGUCACCACCGUCCAGUCGUCCACGCAGGUGGUGCAGUCGUCCACCCAGGUUGUGCAGCAGUCCGAGUCGAAGUCGGUUUCGUCUACCUCGUCCGUGGUCAUCAAGCAGGAGCAGCAUCAGCAACAGGUGCAGCAGGAGGCACACCGGUCGGUUGCCGUCAAACGGCAGCAGGAAGCGCAGCUCGAGAGCGUAUCAAAGAGCUCCAAGGUACAGGUGGAGUCCAAAUCCGUCUCAACAUCCAGCAGCGUAUCCUCUCAGUCGUCGGCGUCCUUCGCGGAGGCAAUCACUGAAACUCAGCAAACGCAGCAGCAGCUAAUUGAUCAGCAAACUAAAAUCAAGCAAAUCGAAUCGAAAUACGCUGCCCUCAAGCAGAAGCAACUCGAACAGAAGAACGACAUCGUCGAUGCCAAGUUCCAGAUCGUUGAGUCGAAGUUUGCCGCACUCAAGCAGAAACAGGAGCUGCUACUGCAGGAGCAGCAUCAACAACAGGUAACGGUCGUUACGCAGCAACAACAACAAAGUGCUGUACAGCAGAUCGAAGCUAAAUACGCCGCCCAGAAGCAAGAGGAAGCGGUCUCGAAAAUCCAACAGAUCGAGUCCAAGUACGCUGCGCGCAAAUCUUCCCUCAGUGGUCCAUCUGGCGAAGAGUCUGUGAAGCAGAUUGAAACCAAGCAGGUAACUGCCGCGACGCAGCAAUCACAACAGCAACAGCAGCAGACUGUUGUCUCCUCGCCGACCGGUGAGAAGAACCAGGAGCCUCUUUCGAAGCUUCAACAACUUGAAUCGAAAUAUACCGCCCAUCGCCAGCAGGCAAAGGAGGUUGUCAAGGAAACGGUUGAAAUUGUACAGACCACAAUCGCCGCCGAGGAAGUGAAGCCAGAAGUACCGGACUCUCCCCAACCCGAGUCGCUGUCUAAGAUACAACAGAUUGAAUCCAAGUACGCAGCCCUUAAAGCACGUCAGCAGCAGCAGUUGCAGGAAAUCAAGGCUGCGGAAGUAAAAACCGAAAAGACCACCGCUACCACCGCCUCAGAUCAAGCAACCGAAGAGCCGCAAUCUAAGAUCGCGCAGAUUGAAGCGAAAUAUGCUCUCAAGCGACUGCAGUCGUUGAACGUUGAUGAUGCGGUGAAGGUGCAAACCGAAUCGAAACUUCCGGUUCCGGUGAAGAAAGAAGAACAGCAACUUUCAAAAACAUCUGAAGUGAACGUCAAAGAAGUUAAAAAACUAGAGGAAGCAACCAAAAAGUCCACCGAAGCAACAAAGAGUGUGGACACGGUAAAAACCCAGGAGGUUAAAGUCGAGCAGGUCAAGGUAGCGGAUACGAAGAAGAAAAUCCCCGAACCGAUCAAACUUCCGGAGCAGGCCAACAAGACCGCCAGCGAAAAGGGACCGGACUCGCCGAAGAAAUCCAAGAGACCCAAAUCUCCGAAAUCUCCAUCGCCAAAGAAAGACGCUACUGCUCCAUUUAAGGGUGUAGAAAAACAGAAGCCCGAAGAACCGAAAAAGGUUGAACCGGUAAAGGUACCGGAUGUGCCGAAGAAGGAUGAGAAGCAUGUAAAACCCAUCGAACCGGUAAAACCUGUUGAACAACCAAAGUUGGUGGAAGCGGCCAAAAAAGCAGAAGGAAAACCAGCUGCUAGGACUGAAGAGUCAAAGAAAAUAUCUGAACCAGCAAAGAAGACUGACGUGGCACCGAAACCGACAACGGUAAACAUUGAACAAGUAAAAGCACCUGAAACAACUAAGAUUCCGGAGGUAGUGAAGAAGCCGGAGGUUGCAAAGCCACAAGAGCCAAUCAAAACUCCGGAACCUACUAAAGCCGCAGAAACUCCCAAGAAACCGUUAGAGACUGUCAAGGUUCCUGAAACUCCCAAGAAGCCUGUAGAGCCUGCAAAGGCUCCUGAAGCUCCCAAGAAACCCGCAGAGCCUGCAAAGGUUCAUGAAACUCCUAAGAAGCCAGUCGAACCUGCAAAGGCCGCAGAAACUCCCAAGAAGUCGGUCGAACCUGCAAAGGCUCCUGAAGCUCUCAAGAAACCCGCAGAGCCUGCAAACGUUUCGGAAACUCCCAAGAAGCCAGUCGAACCUGCAAAGGCUCCUGAAACUCCCAAGAAGCCAGUCGAACCUGCAAAGGUUCCUGAAGCUCCCAAAAAACCUGCAGAGCCUGCAAAGGUUUCGGAAACUCCCAAGAAGCCAGUCGAACCUGCAAAGGCCCCUGAAACUCCUAAGAAGCCGGUCGAACCUGCAAAGGCCCCUGAAACUCCCAAGAAGGCUACAGAGCCUGCAAAGGCUCCUGAAACUCCCAAAAAACCUGUAGAGCCUGCCAAGGCUUCCGAAGCUCCCAAAAAGCCUACAGAGCCUGCCAAGGCUCCCGAAGCUCCCAAAAAGCCUGCAGAGCCCGCCAAGGCUCCUGAAGCACCCAAAAAACCUGUCGAACCUGCUAAGGUGCCUGAAGCACCUAAAAAGCCUCUUGAGCCAGCAAAGGCUCCUGAAACUCCCAAGAAGCCGGUAGAACCUGCAAAGGCUCCUGAAGCUUCCAAGAAGCCUGUAGAACCUGCAAAGGUAUCCGAACCAAAUCCAAAACUGUCAGAGAAGAAGACUGACAACGUCAAAGUAACGGAAAAGAAGACUGAAAUUCUGCAAACAACUCAGAAGGCUGUGAGUGAGAGUGUGAGUAAGGUAUCAACCACAACGACCAAGAAAGGUAGGUCGUACCGUACAACAGGUCACAGUACACCUGCGGCGGGCUCCGAGGCUGACGCGUCGGUUGAAGGUGUGGUCGAGCAAAAGUCGCGCGAGGAGGCGCUGAACCGUAAGCUAGAAGAAAUCUACGCCCGUGAGAAGGCCGCCCUAGCGGAAGCAAAGCGGUUCCGUGAGCUCGAAGAGCAAGAGAUCCGGCGCAAGUUCGAACAGCGUAGCAACCGCGAGAUCCAGCAAAUCAAGGAAACAACAUCCGAAUUCCUGCAACAGAUCGCCGCUACCCGUAAUCUCGUGCACUCCGUAUUGGAGACGAGCGUCGAUCCGAAGCUUCCCCAGAUAACCAAGGCGGCGGCCAGCGGUGGCGCUGAUAGCAAUACACAGCGUGCGCAAGGUUCCGAGUCGGACUCGAACAAUCAAUCGUCAAACCAAGACAGCGCCGGCAGUGGUGAACAAGGGGCCGAGCAAGGAGCCGACCAAUCUGCAUCCGGUGACGGAAACGCCAACGAAGGUAACGGCAACGAAGGCAACGGUGACGGGCGAGAGGACAAAAAACGCACCCCACCGCCCCUGCAACUGCCUACCUUCUUCGAUCCCCCACCACCCCCGGUUUACUACGCCACGAUCGAGGUGUUUGUAAAGAAGGAGCGACCUCCACCACCGCCACCACCGAAGAUCACGCGCAAGCUGGUCGUAAACACGGACGAGCUAGAGCGCAAGACGCAGGCAUUCUUCGACGGCGAGAUCAACGAACCGGAUCCGGACUUCUCUAUUGCGGCUGCCCACCGGAAGCUGAAGGGUAUCAAGCACAUCUACAAGAAGGCGGACGAGACAGUCCUGUACGCGGAGGAUACGAUCACCAAGGCAGAGCAGGGCGAAUUCGAUAGUAUCGUUAUCCCGGAGCCGGAGGAGGACAAGCGUCCACGCGAACCUGCGUACGAGUAUCAGUACACGGUCGAGGAUCCGGUUACAGGGGCGCGUGUCUGCACGGCUGACCCGAACGUUGUGCUGAUCGAGCGGGAGCUCACGAUGGAGGAUCAGCAUAGUACCACCCAAUCGCGGUACACUUCCUCGCGCCUCUCUUCGCGCAGAAGUCACAUCACUGAAGCUCAAGAGAAAGAACUAGCUGCGAUUGAGACGCGCCACGAAAGCAAGAUGUCGACGACCAGAACGAAGAAAAUACGGGUACCGACCAACAUUCGGCCUCACUUCGUCAAACCGAUCCGUGGUCUUAAUGUUGAGCCGGGUGAAAAUGCCAAGUUUUCCGUCCAGGUGGACGAGCUGUCCAACAUGCAGUGGCUGAAGGACAAUAAGCCGCUGGAGGAUCGACUAGCCGAUCGCGUGAUCACGAAGGAGAACGACGACCUUUCGUACACGCUCGAGAUUCAGCACUGCCGUGAGGAAGACAGCGGUAUCUACACCGCCCGUGCCAUUAACGGUACCGAGAGUGCGUCAUGUACCGCUCAGCUGAUCGUCGAAACCUUGACGCCGGAACAGCGUAAGGCGAUGUCCGAGUC